AUGCAAAGAGGAGGAGGAGAUGGGAAUAUAGAUCAGAACAGAGACUUCUACAAACUUCAGGAUGUUCGACCUCCGUACACAUACGCUGCUCUCAUACGUCAGGCUAUUCUGGAGUCAGCGGGGGGUCAACUUACUCUCAAUGAAAUAUAUUCCUGGUUCUGUGAAAACUUUGCUUUCUACCGACACAACACGUCUAGCUGGAAGGCUAUAAACGAGUCUAAAGAACAUCAGCUGACUUUGAACGAAAUUUACAACUGGUUCCAGGCCAGCUUUGCCUUCUUUAGGAGAAAUGCCGCAACGUGGAAGAACGCUGUGAGACACAAUCUGUCCCUCCACAAGUGCUUCAUGAGGGUGGAGAACGUGAAGGGCGCUGUCUGGACAGUGGACGAGACAGAGUUUCAUAGAAGACGACCUCAACGAUCCACAACCAGUAUGACCAGUAAAUCUCCUUCCUUGCCGUACAGUCACGGAGCCCAGUCCCCUGGUUCCUACACAAGCCAGGAGUCCUCUCAACUCCCUCACGAGGAGUCUUUUAACAGGAGUCUUCAAUCAGCUUUGGAUAAGCUGGGAAGCGUGCAGUAUGGAGGCCACGAAACUGGUUCUUCGAGGCCAAGAAACCUCCAGUAUGAGAACAGAGAAGAGACAGCCUCUCCUCCAAGAAUGUCUGACAGAGAAUCACUUGUAAGCUCUCGAUACAAUUCAUUUGGUCUCAUCGCGAAGCAUCAUGGAACAGAGGUCAACACCCUUCUAGAAGCACGACUGCGCCCCAUCUCUGCUGUUUCAGGACUGUUACUGGGAAUGGAGAGAGAGUCAAGAGAAAGCCGCUCUGUGGAGUCACGUGAGGAAAAUAUGGACCAAUCAGAAUACAGCGAGGAGGAGUCUCAAAACAAAGACACACCUGAAGACCUUUCUAUGGGCUCAAAGGAAGAAAAUCAUCCGCAAAGGAACUCAAUAGAAAAAUAAAUCCACCAUUGGAAUAAUUUUGUUUCAUGCACAAACAUACCGGUAUCUCAAGUAUAGAUAUAUUACGUUACCUAAAGUUAAAUUUUUGUAUUAUUUGUAUAUAUAUGUAGAUUAUUUCGUUUUUUGAAAAGAGACGCCCAUGUUAAUUCAACCAAAUUAUUUGCUUUCUAAAUUAUGUCAAACAGAAAAUGAAUGUUUCCCCUUUAUUCUUUUAUUAAAAUCAAACAUUAUUAAUAUUUUAGCACACUUAAAUAUUUAUCAAAGCAUAGUCAGCUAAAACUAAACUGUUGUAAUGUUUACACAAUAACUGGUUUCAUUAUAAACAUUUAUGUAAAAGUACUGUACCUCAAAAAUACGAGUUUAUUGGCAGGGUUACCCUCUAAGGUUAAGAUACUUCAGAGACGACUGUAAUGUACGGAAUUUAUACUGUCUGUUUCCUCAUAUUAUAUUUAAACUUGUUUCUUUCUU